UUCCCGCGGCAUCUCUCUUCUGUACAUUUCUUCUCCGUCUUCAAUUUUGAUUAUCUUCCAAAUUUUCCUCAAAUUCAAACCAGAGAAAAAAAAUGUUGGAAGAGACGUGGGAGGAGAGCAAAUCGUCGGCGAUUGACUCGUACUUUUUGGCACAGUGGCGCCAAAUUUCGGAAAAGCAUCCUCCUAUGGCGCUGAAUCAAGUUCUAUCCGAUGAUGUCUUCAGGCCCUUCGUCAUUAUAUUUCGGACAAAUUACCCUGCUCCGUCGAAUAGGACUGUAUUUUACUUUGAAUUUGUUCACAAAAAGCCGCAGAUUGCCAUCGGGUUUCAUACAUUGAAAAAUCGUGAACACUGCCGAGAACCAGACGCUUGGGAAUAUUCUUACGAUGGGCAUAUUUCGUGUGGAUAUAACACUGAAGACGUUUUUGGCCCAACCUUCAACGCUGGGGAUACCAUCGGUGCUGGUAUCAACUACGUCACUGAGGAAUUCUUUUUCACAAAAAAUGGGGUUCUUAUACAGUCUGUGCAUAAACAAGUCAAUGCCAAUGGUCCAGUGUAUCCUACAGUUACUACCAAGAGCCCGGAAGGAUAUUUUCCUAGACUUUCUUUCAAGGACAUGCAAGCAUAUCAUCGUAGAGUUAUCGAGGAGGGCAAGAUAUCUGUAAACUUUGGACAGACUCCAUUUGUCUUUGAUGUCAAAAUGUAUGUAGCUGAACAGAGAGCUAAAUACCACUUACAAAUUAAAAAUCUCUCAAUACGACACUAUGCCGACAGCUAUGGAAUAAUUCGAUCCUACUUGCAACAUUAUGGAUAUAAAGAGACUCUUAAACUGUUUGACAUAGCUGUUGAAAGUUCCAUCUCUUUAGUUCAAGAAAAUCGUGAUAACGUUGAAGACAGCAGCCUGUACGGCUUGGAGAGUAGGAGUAUUAUUCGUCAGUUAAUACAGUCCGGUGACAUCGAGGGGUCGUUUUCUGAACUUGAGAAAUGGUAUCCUCAGAUCACUCAGGAUCAAACCUCAGCUAUUUGCCUUUUGCUACAUUGUCAAAAUUUUAUUGAGCUUAUUCGGCAUGGGAAGCUAGAUGAAGCGAAACGGUAUGGCAGAAGUGAAUUUGAUAAAUUUAAGGACUUGGCAUGGUCUUCCGAUCUUGUAAAGGCAUGUGAAGCCUUGGUGAUGUACGAAGAGCCGUCUAGUGUUCGAUACCUCCUUGAAGAAUCUCAACGGGAGCUGGUGGCUGAUGCAGUAAAUGCCAUGGUUAUAUCCACCAAUCCGAACAUAACAGAUGUCACAUUUUGCACGCAGUCCCGUCUUGAAAGACUACUAAGCGAGGCCAGAAGCUGGAUUAUGAAUGCGCGCUCUCGAUUUGUUAGUGGUGACACAGAUUUUGUGGUGAACCGACUUUUGACUAAUCCAAUUGUGUUAGAGAAAUUACGAGGAAAUCAGGAGGAGGGGCUGAAGCUGCUUCGCAUGAUCCCUCCUGGCCAAUCUGUUCGAGAGGCGAUGGCAAAUACAAUUGAUGAACGCGAGAAAUCUGAUAUAUUCGAUGCAGCAGUUAGGUUCUAUACGUCCUUGAGCAUGCGAGGCUACCAAGGGGUCUUCGACUACCUUACUCACGAAAGAAUUGAUAAGAUCUGCCAAAGUUCUCGAGGCCCAUUUAGUAUGUAGUAGGAUUUCAUUUGUGAUUUUUAACACUUUACGUGUAAUUCUCUGACGUGUAUGUUAUGCCAAAUUAAGCCAUAAGUGUUCUAGCUUUAUAUCACCCUAUUAUGCAUAAUAGCUUUACAUGACCGAAUUUUAUGCAUUUAUUAGA